AUGCUCUUCAAAAGUGCGCUGGUCUCACUAUUUACAGCCUGGGCCAUCUCAGUAGCUGCAAACCCAGUUGGGGAUUCUCUGCCCGACGAUGCGCACCUCCCGGAUCACCGCCUCUCGCCCGCCGAGGUUCAAGCUUUGAAAGAAGCCCAAAUCUAUCCUCCAGGUUACGUUCAUAAGAGGGUCAUCUUUGGAGAGGGCAAAGACGCCAUAACUGUUCCCAUCGUUGAAGCCGACGUCGAUAUGCUUCGAGACGACGAAAAGGGUGUCAAGGCACGUUCCCUAGCACCACGGGGCUCCUGCUUCAGUUUUCCUAUGUCAGCAAGAGGAAGCUGCAUGAUCGAUUACUGCUGGCGUGAUGACAGCGGGGCUAUCUACUCGAGAGGUAUUACGAUAAGGGGUAGUAAUGGGCAGUCCAAUCCUGCAGCUGUGACAAGCAAUGAUCCAAACAAUCUUUCAUUCAACUCUAUAUUCAACGAUGGCUAUAAUAGCUGGUUCCCGACUGGACAUGAAUGCUCCAACUCCGACACACAGAUUUACACCAACCACCGUGUUUUGCCGGGCCUUACAAAUGUGGCCUAUGUUGACCAUGUCCGAUGUGACAACUGCAACUUCAGGAACGUGAACUGCCUCUCGGAUUUCCUCAAAAAUAACCUAAUCGCUUAUGCAAACGGCGUUUCAUCACAGUCAAGGUGCACAUAA